CUUUUUCAAAUUAUGCUGGUUAAAAAUAAAGUUGGCAGCACUAUAGGCAAUCUAAUAUCAAUUUAAUUUAAAUUUAAAAAGAAAAUCGAAGGGGUAAAUAUAUGCUCAUUUAGAUAAUACCGACCCGGGCAUAUGAACAAUUAACAAACAAAUUGUUCUCUUUAGAUUAGAAAUGCUAGGCUAGAUUGGUACAAAAUAAAAAAAGUUUAAGCAGAUGAAAAAAACGCGCGUUGGGUGCAUUCCAAUAACUUGAACACAUUAAAAAAAUUUUAUUUAUGUGACGUGCUGGUUUAGUUAUUGUGAAAAAUCAAUACAUAAGGUUUUUUUUUUGUGUAUGUGAGUGCUUCAGAUUGUGUAGCAAGUUUGUUAAACAAAAGUACUUCCUUGACGCUAGCUCACGCGCACAGGAUACCAUACCACAGCACGUAGGGGAGGUCUGCAUCAGCCAACACAAAGCGUCACUUUAUCUUUCUACAAACUAAACGCCAGCAAUCUUGCAUAAACUCAACGCAAAACUUAAAACUCCUUGCAUCCAGGUUAAAAAAGGAUACAAAUUUGGUAUAUAGCACAAACUGCAUAGCUUAGUGAGUUGAGGUUAAGCAAAAUGAACGCAGUCUCUCAAGAAUUUUGCGUACGCUGGAACAGCCAUCUUGGUAGUAUUGGAGCCGCUUUUCCACAGCUUUUAGCCGGACAGAGGUUUGUCGAUGUAACACUGGCCUGUGAAGGUCACCAGUUGCAUUGUCACCGUCUAGUGCUGGCCGCAUGUUCCACAUACUUUGAAGCCAUACUGGCGGAAAAUCCCUGUAAGCAUCCCGUUAUAAUUUUACCAGGAGAGAUCAAGCUCUGGGAGAUUCAGGCGCUUGUAGAUUUUAUGUAUAAGGGAGAGGUAAAUGUCACGCAAGCCGGUCUGGGCCAAUUGCUUCGAUGUGCCGAACAGCUUCGAAUACGCGGUCUAUACGGGUCAGAGGCAGCAAUAAACUACAAUCAUCUUCAACAGAUGAGGAAGGAAACUGUCAAAGACGUAGCCCCAGUCAUCACGAGACUUAAUAAUAUAGACGUGACUGAAACUGAAGAUGCAUCCACAAAUUCAAUUGCCUCUACGACCACGCCAGCACAGACAGCCAAACAGCACCACCACCAACAACAACAACUAACACUGCAAAAGCAGCACAAGGAACUGCGUCAACGUCAGCAAGCAAAUGGUAGUAAUACCCUGCAGCUACAGAAAUCACUUCUGCAUCAACCACAACAGGCUCCAAAUACCGCCCCCUCAGCAACAGCUUCCAACAACUCAAAUUUACCGACCGAAGACGAGUACGCGGAUGAUACCUCUAAUAAUUGGAACACAUAUAAUGAUCAUUGCGAAGACUAUAGCCUAUCCGCAACAACUGAAAAAAAAAAAUCACAGAUGUUUCUCCUCCAGACAAGGUCCCAACAGCAGUUUCAGCAACAGCCAAAUAAUUUGGACUCCACCAUCGAAGACGAUCACAACUAUGUAGCUGCUCAGGAUGAUGAUAAUGAGAGUAGCGUAGCCCGUAUUGCAAACAGCGGGAGUGGCCUAUCCCUUAGCUUUGACGCAGAUAUGCCUGUCAGUAUAUCGGCAGGUCUUAUGCAUAGUUCAAUCGAUAGCUACACCUCAUAUAAGCGUGUUCGACGCUCGGAGGCCUCGUUAGCACAAGCUGCCAAAUGCGUUUCAAAGGGCGAGACAUUUCAAACAGUCAGCAAUAUGUUUAAUAUACCCGUCUCAACCAUUCGUUUUUAUAUGGCGCGAAAAGGCAUUCUUCCAAAACGAAAACGCGGGCGUGGAGCCUCUCAUUCGGGAAAUUCAUUUACAACAGCGAACGCAGGUACGCUUUCGUCUCCAAAUGCUAGCACAGCACAUCACCUCUCUCACAAUAUGCCUUUAGAUACUUUACUAAAGAGUGACAUUACAAACGUGAGCGGAAGCAAUAGUCCAGCGGCGGUAACAGCAACUUCUAAUUUAUCGUCCCUGGAAAUUGCCACAACAGCGGCUGGAAUGCCUUUCCAUCUCCUAAGCGAUGCGUCGACUUUCAAACUGAGCGAGCAGCACCAAUUACACAUGAUCUAACCAUGCUUCUUGCCUUUCUUUAUCCUGAAAUUAAUGCAUAUGUUAAUUGAAAAUAAGGUUUUGCAAACGCUUUAUUUAGUGUUAUAUGGAGGGUGGAUGAUAUAGUAAACGUAAGGUUUGUAGGACGUCUGGUAAAGAAAACGUAUGCCUACUAGUUUCUUAUGCAUCAUAAUACAUAUUACUCAUAAUACUCAUAAAACAAAAAGUCCGCCAUGUUGAAGAUCCUAAUGUGGUAAACAUAGCAAAAUUCCAUUUCAGAACAUGAUUAUUUUUAUUUAAAUUUUAAUUGAUCCAGGAAGAUAUAAAUUAUUGUCUGCAUUUGAAAAGCAUUGUACACUAUUCGCAUUUAAUUUAAACAUUUCUAGUAUAAGCAUUCAGGUUAAUUAGGUUAAUAUUUUAGAAAUCUCGUUUUGCAUAAUUCAAUUAAAAAAUAAAAAAAUACUUCUUAUUUAAUUAGUGCAUUUACAACAAAGGCGACUUCCUAGAUUUUCCAAUCAUAUGAACUUAUCGUUCUCUAAGUUUUGAUUAAGAUAUUAAAUUGUCUACUAUUAUUCAAAUUUUUUCGUCUCAUCACUUGGCUUUACCCCAAGAUAUAGCAAGUAAUGUAUGUAUACGUUUUUUAUACCUCAGACUUCUUUCGAAUUCAUUAAUAGAUUAUUUACUACUGUUAUUAAUAUUUUUGUGCAAUAUUGCAUAAAACGGAUAUUAAUAUUUAGUUUUCAUGAAAAAAAGACACCGAUCAAAAUAAACUUAGCGAACUCCAUUAAAAUUCCGGCAUUUUAUUUAAUGGUAGUUGUGUAAUUAUGUAAAUGUGUUAUGUAGUAUAAAUUGUAAAAAACUCAAACUAGCUGCAAACACAUAGGAUAGUUUACGGUCAAACAAAUAAUUUUAAAUAAAUAAAUUUCCCUUUCCUACCCGG